AUGACCAGCACGCCCAUGGUUGAGCCCCGAAAGAGCGACCCGGGCCAUGGUACCAGCAGCAGCAGCAGCAAUGGGCACCUCCGCCCCGACGCCGCCGCCCAGGGGAGCAGCCAGACCUCGCAGGCCUCGACGCUGAACUCGUCCCACUCCAACGGCCACCGCCUGCUGCCCUCGCCCAUUCCGCCCCCGACCGCCUCGUCCCUCACCUCGACCCAGCGCCCCCAGUCGCGAGUCAGCGCCGUCUCCGGCAACUCCAAGGACAGUCACGACGGCCUGCCCCCCGUCCGCAAGAGCCACUCGCAGUCGAUAUCCAGCACUCCACGCACGCUGGCGUCCUCUAACCGGAGCAUAACCGCGAGCGCGGAGAACAGGGAGAGGCAGCGCGCCGUCCGCUCACUACCGCCCUGGGUCCAGUCCGCCGACGACGAAGACGAGAAUGUAGACGCCUCCUCGCUCCUCCUACCACGGACGCCCACCAACGUCCGCCAUGCCAACCACAACUUCUGCCCGACGCCCAAGUCCAGCGUGCCAGGCCGCAAGUUCGACCAUGCUCGCGAGGGCGCCCCCGUGACCCUCUCGACGCCCGUCAGUGACAGCGCACCCAAGUGGAAGCAGUUCACCCAGGCCUCCAACCACGACCGCCCCAUCUCCUCGCGCGGCCAGAUCGUCGACGAUGACUGGCUCAAGGAGAACAUGCCCGAUCUCGAGCAGAAGUGGGAGCCCAUCGACAACGGCCUCGGCGACGAGCACAUCAAGGGCUUCUGGCUCUUCACCUCGGAGAAGAGAAAGCGCCGUCUGAUGCGCUUCCACAACACCAUCAUGAACCACCCCAUGGUUCCCGCCUUGGUCCGCGCCAUUGUCCUUGUCUUCUCCAUCCUCGCCCUCUCCCUCGCCUGCUCCAUUUACCGCCACUCGGACAACAACGGCUGCAGCAACAACUCGUCUACCUGGAUGGCCAUACUCGUCGACAUUGUAGCCGUCCUAUACACCAUAUACAUCACCUACGACGAAUACACUUCCAAGCCCCUCGGCCUACGCUCGCCCAAUGCCAAAAUGUCGCUGAUCUUUCUCGAUCUGGCCUUCAUCGUCUUCGAGUCGGCGAACCUUAGUUUGGCUUUCCAGGCCCUGACGGACGACAAAUGGGCAUGUGUUGAGUCAGACCGGACAAAUGCGUGUCCGUACCGACAGAGCAUUUGUGAGAGGCAGAAGGGCUUGACAGCGACACUGUUGAUUGCAUUGCUUGCAUGGAUUGCUACUUUCUCCAUCAGCACGCUGAGGUUGAUCCACCGUGUAGCGAGGUAG